AACUGCGACCUGAGGGCUCGUGGACAGAGCGCCAGCACGGGUCAGCUCGCGCAGCGGCUAUUAAUCAUUUAAAAAAAAUAACCAAACAGCGGCUGGUUUAAUAAGGAAACAACCCGAAGCACCAAACUGACGUGGCGCUGGUUUCAUGGGAGGACGCUGUCAGCAGAGGGUACAUCUGGGUCAAGCUACAAGAAGGUCUGAUAUUUCAUCUUAACACUAUCCACAAAAAAGCAACCAAUGAACUGCAUUUUAUAAACCAGAGGGAUACACUAACAAAGUCUGCAGUGGGUUAGGCGUGAUGAUCCAAACAUAAAGGGAUACAGAACAUUCACCGAAACCUCAAUAAGGGAAACGGAAUAAGAAGCAGACUCUUUCAUUUCCUUCUUCUGUGACUCUUCCCUUCCCUCAGAUCAACAAAGCUCAGUGCUCUCACUGAACAUGUGUCAAAAAAGGAGGCCAACACUCAAGCAAAGAUGAACCCCUAUGUUACUUCUCACUUCAGGAGGGAUCUCUUCCCCCAUUUUCAUUUGUUGUAGACUUUUUGUUUACCCUGCUUUUACUGGUUGGAUGCAAUGACUUGCUCUGUAUUUGGAAAGUUAUAGCAACAGCUCUUGCUUCUUGCUUUGCUGUUCUCUCUGUACCUUCAGCAGUGCACGGUUAUGGUUGAGUAACUGAUUUUGUUCACUGGUUACUAAAUGAUUAUGGGUUGCAUGAUCUUUACACUCUGUCAGGAUUCAGUUGUAAGGGUCUCUGGGAAUGAUUGGGCAAGGGAUGCCAAGUAAGAGUCUACAAGGCACAAAAACUGUUACAGCCUCCUGCUUAGACAUACACCUGACCUGUGAACUCUGGAGCUUGACCUCUGCAGAAAACAGAUCAAAUCAGGUGAUUGCUGUUCUCAACUUUUGACUCUUUAUAAAUCUUCCACGUAAAGCUAAGUAAGUUUAGAGAUAGUCAAAAUAAUCAUCCUCUGUUGUUUUCUUCAUUUUUUCUAAUCUGUUGUCAGGCGUAGGUGAUUUCUCAGCCCUAACACUGAGCUGUGUUGAGGUAUAUCUUUGUUGUGGCUGUAAAUGUAGUUAUUGGCCAAUAUUAUCCAGGAGGCAGUGCACAAAAUACUUCUUUGAGAAUCUGACAAUGGCCAUUAAACAGUUUUGCAGACACUUAAAAAGAACAUGUGAAAUUGUAAAGGCAGUGACAUGAUUGGAAAAGAAAUGGCAAACAAAUCAUGUUUUUUUUUUUCAGUUGGGUCCCUGGUGUUGGGAACAAAAGUUGUAUUUCCUUUAUCUGUGAAAAAAAAGUGAUGAGAAUAGCUUAAGCCAGCCGAAUCAAGAUAUCUUGGCAAUGAAUUAUGAAUGAUAAAUAAUAACAGUAGAGAUUUGAUGGUUUUGUAUUGUCUUUUUCCUCAUGCCCUUCUCAAGUGGUUGUGAAAGUGGAGAGAAGUUUGAUCGUAAGAAUUGGCAUGUUUCUUUCUUGUUUCAACUGCAUGUUGGAAGUUAUCAUACUGUUUGACCUGAAUUUGGCUUUGUGUUCUCUGCGUACAUUGUAUAUCAUCACAUUUCUAUCCCAUUGUCUUGCUCCAUUGCAUUAUCAGCUUAUAUUUUUUGAAGUGUUUAUCAAAUGAGUCCUGCUCAAGCAAAAAACCUCAAGACUAUCCUUUUAGUGUUUUCAACUAUAUAGAACCAAUCCUGCAUGUUUUUCUGAUGUAUGUCAAAGUUAGCCCAGCUCUACCACUCCUUGUCAAAUGAAAUUUUGCAGAUCACAGAGUUGGAGUCUUUGGGCUGCUAUUGAAGUCGUUCUUUUCAGCUCACCUCCUUUCACUAAAGUGACUGUGAUUUAAGGUCAUUGGUUGUUACUGAACUCACACUACAAGAAAGCCCAUUAGCUUGCUGGGAAUCCAUUACUGAAAGGACUGACUGUACGGAGUAACAGAAUAAAAAGUUGUGGAAGAGACACUGAAGAAAGUGAUUGACCAAUGGCCUUGGAGGGUGUUAUCCUCUGGUUACCAUUGGGCGCCAUGGACCUACAAUUAUCUCUGUAUUAAAAGAGACUGACUGUGACAUUAACACCACACAUAAUUUCACUGACGGUAUCGAGGUGCUUAUUCAUUACAUCGAUAAACAAGGCACACUUAUAAAUACAGAGAACUCAUAGCAGAUGAUGGGGGCAGCACGUGUAAAACGACGCUUCAGUGCUGUGGUGGAUGGGCCAGUGGAGGAGGAGGAGGUCAUGAGGCUAGCACAGAGUGCUGCAGAUACAUCUGGCGGAGGGGGGAGCCCAGCGGGGUCAGGGACCCCAACCAGCCCCUCUCCGACCCAUGCCCUCAAUGGCAAAGCUCUGCCUCUUCAAAGCAACACCAACAAUGCCCGGAGGCAUGGUGCCAUUGGAGAGUCAGCUGGAGGAGAUGCAGGAGGAGAAGGUGGGUUGAGAGGAGGAAGAAUGUGUUCAGGGCCCAAGAGUGGAAGAGGCAGUAGUGUAGGAGGGAGAGGGGAAGGCCGUUCUUCAUCAGAUCAGGAUUCACUCUCUUCCCCCUCCACUACCAGCCGCCGGCGCAAUAGGCGCUCAACCCGCCGGCCCCGACAACGCUUUGUGGGCAAGGACGGACGCUGCAACGUCACCUUUGUCAACAUGAGCGAGAGGGGCCAGCGGUACCUCAGUGACCUCUUUACCACUUGCGUGGACAUCCGCUGGCGAUGGAUGCUGGUCAUCUUCACUCUCUCCUUCGUUCUCUCCUGGCUGCUCUUUGGAUUUGCCUUCUGGCUCAUUGCCUCCGCACAUGGAGACCUCUCCAUUCGGCUUACCCCCAGCUCAAGUUCAUCUCCGGGAUCAGGAGAUGCUGGCUCUGGAGGAGAGUCUGAUAGAGAGGCAGUGGUUGAGGAGCCAUGCUUCUUCCAGGUGAACAGCUUCAUGGCAGCCUUUCUGUUCUCCUUGGAGACGCAGACAUCCAUCGGUUAUGGCUUCAGAAGUGUGACCGAAGAAUGUCCCCUGGCGGUGGUGGCGGUCGUUUUGCAGUGCAUUGUGGGCUGCAUAAUUGACGCCUUCAUCAUCGGGGCAGUCAUGGCAAAGAUUGCCAAGCCCAAGAAGCGCAACGAGACCCUGGUGUUCUCCAACACUGCUGUUGUGGCGUUGAGAGAUGGAAAACUCUGUAUGAUGUGGAGGGUCGGAAACCUACGCAAAAGCCACCUGGUAGAAGCACACGUCAGAGCACAACUACUAAAGUCAAGGGUGACACCAGAGGGAGAGUACCUCCCACUGGACAACGUGGACAUCAACGUGGGGUUUGACACCGGCACUGACCGCAUCUUCUUGGUCUCGCCUGUAACAAUUGUCCAUGAAAUCAAUGAAGAGUCGCCUUUCUUUGAGAUGGACCAAAAAACGCUGGAGAACGACUCUGACCUGGAGGUGGUGGUCAUACUUGAAGGCAUGGUGGAGGCCACAGCCAUGACCACGCAGUGCCGCAGCUCCUAUCUGGCUACUGAAAUCCUCUGGGGACACCGCUUUGAACCAGUGCUCUUUGAGAGGAAAGAUGGCUACCAGGUGGAUUACUCAUUUUUCCAUCGGACCUAUGAAAUCCCGAACACACCUUCCUGCAGUGCUAAAGAUCUGGCCGAGCAGAAAUACAUUCAGAGUUCACGGUCGUCAUUCUGUUAUGAGAACGAAGUAGCUCUGCAGCUUGCCUCCCCCGACGGUGAGCUGGGUCAAAACCUUGAGUUUGCCUCCCCACCGACCCGGAGGCAAUCCAUGGCAGAACAUCUCCACUACAACUGAACGGAAGGCAAAAAGACAGGAAACCGACUUCAGAGAAUGAACUGAUAUGAUGAUGGGAGACAGAAUAGUAGAGAGAGCCUUGAAUAAACCAGUGUACAAUAAAGGAUAGGAAGAAACGCUAUUUACAGAAGAGGAAGAAAUAUUUAGUGCGAACAUUAGCAAGUUUGGUGUUACUCUUUUGGUGAGUUGGGUUUAGUACACUGACCUAGUUGUCUAAUUGGUCCUGGCAAUCUUUCAAAAUCAUUGAAAACUGCUAAGUCUCACAUCUGGCCCAUCACUACCACAGCACACAGUCUGACUCUAAUACCUGACUGACAAGGGAAUGCAACAGCGCCCCAUGGUGGCUACCACAUGUAAUUGACCCUCAAUUUUUAUGACGGGAAGAUUUUGACCUCUGUUGGAGGUAAUGUUUUAGCUUCUGAGGAAUGUAUUCCACUAAGAUGCUCACUUAUCACUUUUGUUCUUUUGUUCUUUUAUUUUCUUAUGGUAAGUAUGGAUUAUGCACUUUUUGACAUCACGGACUUAGAAUGUAUUUGAGAUAAGCCAAAGCAGAGCAACAGUAACAUGGAGAAACAGCUUUAAACUAGCAGCGGUUUUGAGAUGUUUGUUCCAUGUAGAUGUAUUUUCUCUGUGUUGUUUGUUUUUUGGCUUUUUUCCAUGUGUGAUGCAAAGAAAAAGAUGUUCACUGAUUGUAAACUUUUCUUGAUUUUAACAUUUUGUGUUGAGUGGAAUAGCAUGAUUGUAGGGUCUCAGACCACACAGGUGAUCCAGAUGUGAUGAUCGCCAUGUAUUGUUUUAUGGCGCUACUAUCAAAGUAUGCUGUUAUCUCUUAUGUCUGUAAAAGCAGCCUCGCUAUUGUUUUGGUGUGCUAUUUUUGCAUUAUUGUACACUUUAACUGAGCUAUAAUACUGUAAUCUUUUAAGUGUUGGUGGUGCAGACUGAAUAGUGAAUAUAAGUCAAUAGCAUUGGAGACCUACACUCACUUUCCAUUUCUACAAUUCUGCAAGAAGUGGCUGAAGAUCCAACUGGAAACUACAUCAGACUCCCAAAAAAUUAAAUCUGGGUUGUUGGGAGUUUUUUGGCUCAUAAAAUCAUGUAAUUUCCUUAGGUGGUAGGUGGUGCCUUCAUAACAGAGCAGACAUUUUGCAAAUGUCCCUUCAUCUGCAUGAUGUUGAAAAUGUCCUUGAAUUGUAUUUUUUUAUCAUGUGCAUUUGCAAGAUGACCACUUUUAGUGUGCAGUAUGUGCUAAGAUGAAAAAAACUGAGAAAUCCCCAUAUAAACAUGCCGUGAUGAAUGAAUCUUUUACCCGUAAUAUAAUGUAAGCUAUGUAAUAGUUGCACUUUAUAGAUAUAUUACAAAGCACCUGAGAUAUUUCUGUUUAUUUUAACAUUAAUAAUUAAGAGUAAAUAAUGCCACCUCAGUAUGUAAGUGUUUGAUUGCAGCAUGUGUUGGCAAAGUGUGGGGGCCGCAAUGCCGUGUUGAGUGUUGACCAGUAAUCAGCCUGUCCGACGCACAACCUGGAAACUUGUUGUUUGCACUUUGCACUAAUUAUGGAGACUAAUAUCACUGAUGAAACUUUACAAAAGCUCAGUAGUGUUGCAGGAACAGCACAGGCUAACUUCAGUGCAUCGAGCGCAGUGUUCUGACUGAUAACAUAUUAUCUCUUAUAAAUAGUGUUAAUGCUGUUCCAUGUCUGUCUUCCCUUUCACUUCUCUAUUAUGGCUACCAUUUUCUAUUUAUAGGCUGCACAGGAGGUCAUGUCAUUUUCUCCCUGCAUCCACUUCCAUGAAAUGUAACUUGAACUUACAGCACCAUCACUUUACUAUGAUGGGACUUUUUAAACACAGCAGAAAGAAAUAGACGGAUUGAUUUGGAUUCACUUUUCACAGUACAGUACAUUUUAUACAUAGUGUAAAGCACAGAGUAGUAUAAUGUAAUACCUCUUUUUUAAAUAAAUUAAGUGAUAUGAAAUCGACAAAAGCUACUGUUCUAGGAUUUGGGGGGAUUUUCUGAGGAGAAAUUUUUCUUUUCUUUUUUUUUUGCUCCAGCAGACACUAGAUAUAUAAUUUCAGAGCUGCCUCAGGCACAAAGCACUUCCAGAAAAAAGAGAACAGUGUUAUAGAAGAAAUAAAACAUGGGGAUUCAA